CCCAGCUCGUUAGCCAGCACAUCCAGCAGCAGCAUCUCCGACGCAAAAGCCCUUCGCAGCAGCAUGAAGUUCUUGUGCAUAUUCAUGAUCCUGGCCCUCGGCCUCGUAAUGGGCACCUGGGCAGCCGUUUCGGAGCCCGAAUCGACGGAUGCCGUGGAGCCGCAGCAGCAGGAGAUUGGCCCCGUUGACGAGAAGAAGACGGAGAAGCGCGGUAUUUAUGGUUUUGGCUAUGGCCAUGGCGGCUACGGUGGAUACGGUGGCUAUGGUGGCUAUGGACAUGGUCACUAUGGCGGCUAUCCUUACUACGGCGGUGGCUUUGGAUACGUGCCCUACUACGGCGGACAUCAUGGCUACUAUCCGUAUCAUCACGGGCACUACGGCUUCUACUAGGGACAGCAACUCUCGCGAAUCAUCUUAUACUCAGUUUUUUUUUCGACCGAUUCACCUUCCUCGCUGCCCUGACAUGCCUAUAUGUAUAUUUUUUUUCGUGAACCAUUAUAAUUCCACCUUAAAAUAAAGUACAUGCCCUGAGAAUAGCUUAAACAUUAGCCUUUUUCUGACACUGACACAACCAUUGAAUAUCAAAUAUAUCAAUAUCUUUACGAUCUAGUUUAACUGAAUC